UUAUCGAUUUGAUUUUGAGGGGAGAAAAAUCUCUCCGCUUCUCUCUCUCUCUCUCUCUCUCUCGGCCUUCCGAUCCAAUCCAAGCAACGCCUGCGCCCACAGCUGUAUCCAGUUCCAGUAUCCCAAUACCUUCCCCACAGGGGCCUCCCUUAUAAGCGCCGACAUUGCCACCUUCAACUUCAACUUCAACAUCCUCCUCCUAAUUUCCACCGCUCUUUUGAUCUUUCGCUCCAUCUUCACUUUCCAUUUACACCCACCUCCAUUUCUGUUAGUGGGUAACUACGACCUCCUGCCGGUGAACUAGCCACUUAUUACUUCGUCGCGGCCCCAAACCUACUUUCUCCCGUUUCCUCGGCCAUGGCGGCCGAGCCUCCGAGCUGGCACGAUGGCAUGUCUACCGAUAACAUCAAAGGCCUCAUACUUGCACUUUCUUCCAGCGUCUUCAUUGGUGGGAGCUUCAUUGUUAAGAAGAAGGGCUUGAAGAAAGCCGGUGCCUCAGGAAUCAGAGCAGGAGCGGGUGGAUUUACUUACUUGUACGAGCCAUUGUGGUGGUUGGGCAUGAUAACAAUGAUUGUUGGAGAAAUUGCUAAUUUUGUGGCGUAUGCAUUUGCACCAGCCUUACUAGUCACUCCUCUUGGAGCUCUCAGCAUAAUAAUAAGUGCCGUUCUUGCACAUAUCAUUUUAAGGGAGAAGUUACAUAUUUUUGGAGUUCUUGGUUGUAUUCUAUGUGUGGUGGGUUCCACGGCCAUUGUUCUCCAUGCUCCUCGAGAGCGUGAAAUAGAAUCUGUGGCAGAAGUUUGGCAAAUGGCAAUGGAACCAGCUUUUCUCUUGUAUGCAACUCUGGUCAUAACCUUGGUGAUUAUACUUAUAUUCCACUUUAUACCUCAAUAUGGCCAGACACACAUUAUGGUUUACAUCGGAGUUUGUUCCCUAUUAGGUUCUUUGUCGGUUAUGGGUGUUAAAGCUCUUGGAAUUGCCAUGAAGUUGACAUUAUCUGGAGUCAACCAGCUAAUUUAUCCACAAACUUGGAUUUUUGCCAUAAUUGUAACCACAUUUUUGCUUACUCAGAUGAAUUAUCUGAACAAGGCGCUUGAUACUUUUAACACUGCUGUUGUAUCUCCCAUUUACUACGUGAUGUUCACAUCACUGACCAUUUUGGCAAGUGUUAUCAUGUUUAAGGAUUGGGAUAGGCAGAGCCCAACGCAAGUUAUCACAGAAUUGUGUGGAUUUGUGACUAUUCUUUCAGGAACCUUUCUUCUUCACAAAACGAAGGACAUGGUUGAUGGUUUAUCGACAUCUUCACCGAUACGACUUGCCAAGCACAUGGAUGAGGAUGGAUAUAACGGUUUGGAAGGUAUACCUCUAAGACGACAAGAAUCCAUGAGGUUGCCAUGAAUGAUAUGACAAGAUACUCCUCUUUUGAGCCUUCUCAAUCUCAAUCUCAAUCUCAUCAUAUUCUUUAAACUAUUAUAGAAGUGAGGGGUCUCCCAUAGAUUUUCUUUACCCCUUCUGUUGUACUGUUACAGCAGUUUCAUUGUGCAUACAAAUUCUCUCCCCAUAUACGGACAGGAUUGUAAUUCUACAGCCAUUUAUUUACAAAUAGACCAAUUUGAGAGAUAUCAGCUUAUAGAUUUUGGGUUCAAUGGUCAUAAAAGGAUACAUGUUUGACAGUU